GCUAUUGGCCACAGCGCGACUCCUUCAGUGUGAUGAUGUCAGACAGCAGUAGAGGAGUUGUUUGAGAAGCAGACGCAUGCACUGCUAACUCUAACCCCCGAUGCAUUGUAUCGCUUUAGAUCUGCAUGGGCAUCAGCGGGAGGACAACUGCAGUGCCGAGCGUGUAAAACGAGAGGUUUAGAAAGAGGACAACGGGCCUUAUCGCAAGCUCGGGAUUGUAGAGAUAAGGAAGAGGAGAACAGAAGCACCACGUCUCUACUUCAAGUGUUCCGACACAUCUCUAUCCCGACACGUUGCUUUUCUUUAUUUAACGCAAGCUCUCAAAUGCAUUUUGCGGAAGGCGUAUCUUGAGUUCCGUUUGUUUCAUUUUGUGUCAUUGUUUUAAUAAGACAUGCCUCUUCAGUGACACUUCUCUGCACUGUCUUUGAAUCACCGUUUUUUAGGGUUUGUGUGUAGCACUGCCUGGCAUUUUCUACAUUUCUUUAUAUUGUCCGGAAGUGGGCAUACACCGUAAAAUGCAUGCGAUCUGAACUUGCAGAAACGCAAAGGAAGGUUUUUCUUUACCGCUGGGUCACUCUGGUUUGAUGCAUGGCCAGCGCGAGCUGCGAGCUGCUGUCUGAGUUGAUGAGUACUUCGCUUAUCCAGUGACCGGAGCUUGGACAAUACGUACACAUCUAGCAACACGUCUACACAUAGAUUUACACUGCACCUAGCUUCUGUUAUACAUUUAAAAGUAAACCAAGGAAUAUGCUGCCAAAGGAGUAUAGAAUCUGCAUGCCACUGACAGUGGAAGAGUACAGGAUCGGACAGCUGUACAUGAUCAGCAAGCACAGUCACGAGCAGAGCGACCGGGGAGAGGGGGUGGAGGUGGUGCAGAACGAGCCCUUCGAGGACCCUGCGCACGGCAAGGGCCAGUGCACAGAGAAGCGUGUGUACCUCAACAGCAAACUCCCUAGCUGGGCUAGAGCAGUGGUGCCCAAGAUCUUCUACGUGACGGAAAAGGCCUGGAACUAUUACCCAUACACCAUCACAGAGUACACUUGUUCCUUUUUGCCGAAGUUCUCCAUUCAUAUAGAAACAAAAUACGAAGACAACAAUGGAAGCAAUGACAACAUCUUCGGCAGCGAGGCGCAGGACGUGGACAGGGAGGUCUGCUUCGUUGACAUCGCCUACGAUGAGGUCCCCGAGCGCUACUACAAAGAGUCAGAGGACCUGCGCUAUUUCAAGUCUGAGAAAACAUCCCGUGGUCUGCUCAAGGAGGGUUGGAGGGACAGCCAGCAGCCAAUCAUGUGCUCCUACAAGCUGGUGAAUGUGAAGUUCGAGGUGUGGGGGCUGCAGACACGAGUCGAGCAGUUUGUGCACAAGGUUGUUCGAGACGUGCUGCUGCUUGGACACAGACAAGCUUUCGCCUGGGUGGACGAGUGGAUCGACAUGACAAUGGAUGAAGUGAGAGAAUUCGAAAGAGCCACUCAGGAAGCCACCAACAAGAAGAUCGGAAUCUUCCCCCCCGCGAUCUCUAUCAGCGAAACCCCCCUGCCCUGCUAUACCCACAGCGGCCCCUCCAGCGCCCCCUCCACCCCCCUCGCCACCGACGCCCCUGAGUUCCUCUCCGUGCCCAAGGACCGGCCUCGCAAGAAGUCAGCCCCCGAGACCCUGACCCUGCCGGACCCCGCAGACAGGGUGCCCCGCCUGCGCCUGCCCUCCCUGCGCCUGCCCCAGCGCUCGCCAUCCCACCAGCCCUCCGACGCCAACCCCCAGUAACCGCUGGGUGUGCGUGUGUGUGUGCUGAUAACCAGCCUUUAUUUUUAUAGGACAUCAGCGUCCAGUAAAAAGACCUUUAGCCCUUAUUCUGAUAGUGAAACAAAUGCAUGGAGGAAAGCGUGUUUUUUUUUGGUUGUUGCUGCAGGCUCAUUUUGUCACACACUGUCUGCUGAAGGGGAUGCUAAAAGGCUCAGUCUCUUGAGCAUGUUUUCCGGUUCGGCUGUACUGAACCGCCUGCGAAAGGUGAAUGUUAGUUUUUCUCAAAUGAUUACCAUGUCCAGUUUUUGAAAUGCUAUGUGUUCCUUUCAUUUAGUAUGUGUCUGUUUUAACUCACCUGUCACCCAAGUCUUGAGUCUAUGCAGUGGGGUAGAAUGUACACGUGACGCGAGCUUUUGAAAGGGUAGUUCCGGGCAGUUCCUAUGGUCUGAAAGGGUGUUCGCUGUUUGCCCAGUAGUACAUUUGUCUCUCUCUGAUGUCUGUGAAUGUUUCUUUACAGACAGGUGAACCUAGAAGUUUGAUACUAAUAAAGGGUGUAGUAAUGAAUUGUAAAAGCAUGCUAAAGAAGAGAGUGUGGUAAAGCAUGGCUGUGUUAGCUUAGCAAACAGAAAAACCUGGUCCCAUGCAUGUUUACCAUGGUGUGAAGCCAUAAGAACUGAGAGCUGUUAGGGCUUCACAGCUGGAUAUCCAGCGACAUCCAGCCUGUUAAGAAUGUCCGUUUUGUUUUCAUCCAGUUGUCCCUUUGACGUGUGAUCUCUGUUUUUAGCUUUGUGCAUCGUUAGCUUUUGAAAGCCUGUUGAUAUUGCCAAUGUACUCUAGGGGUAGCAGCUUCCCAUGGGUAAGAAAUGCCUUCUUAUAAUAAAAGGGGAUGCCUUGUGUACAUGCCAGCUAGAUAGAUACAAGACCUUACACACGAUAUCGCAGACAUUGCUACAAACAGUACAUUGUUGCUUUGUGUUCCUAUGUGAAUUCUUUGUGAAUUCUUGAAAAGCCGAUGGAGUCUAAACAGCGGCAGAUCUGUUUAGUUAUUUAAAAAAGGGCUCCAGAAAUCCAACAGUGCACGAUGUGAGUCUCAGUCUUCAGUGUAUUGCUGUAAAACACCAGGGAAGAUUCCUAUUGUAAUUAUUAAAAGUGCAGUGGCAUUUAGGUCUGCCAGCAUUGUAGACCAAUCAAAUAAACCCCAGAACUUGUAGAAUACUGUUUUUACACGUGCUAAAGUAAAUCUUGCACAGUGUCCCAUACCUUAACAAAUGUCUGCACAUUGUAACAGAAAGCAGGGCUUUUGUUGACUCGAAGAUGUAUAUAAAAAAGUGAAUGCAAAGUUGACUAGUUGCGUAGUAUCCAUUCUUAAAAAAAAGGCAGAGACUUGAUUAAACUGAGCAUGUUUCAGGAAUAAAAUGUCCCUCUUAUCUCAGUGCCUCUCUGCAUGCGAUGCUGCAUCUUUUAAUCUGUAAACCAAAUCUGUAACAUACCUUUGUAUAAACUCCUUCCCGGGAUGUGUUUCUGAUGUACUUUCUUCAAGCUGUCUAGCCUCAGACCUGGAAGUUUAGUUUUUUUUGGAUAUUAUGAUACCACUGUAAAAUAAGCUGGCCAUAUCUGAACCAGAUUCAAUAGCUGAACCCUGAACACCAGCUGGAAGACCUUUCAGUGGCCAGCAUUGAAUCACACUGUGCCCCUCCACACCCUCCUGCACGCCUGUCCGCUCUCCGAGCAGGGAAGAGGAGCAACAACUGGAAGCUGGGCUUCAUUUAAACGGAAGAGUUGGCUUUGAAAACUCGUUAGGGUGUCUUUUAAAUGUGUGUGUGUUUUUGUUUGUUUGUUUUUUUUAAUUUAGCAUGUUUGUUAAUAUCGGCUGUGGUUUCACUUGUCAUCGAAGUGUAAAAAAAAAAAAAAAAAAAAAAAAUUGUUGUAUUACUAUUUUCUGUUGAAUUCCAUGACAUUUUUCUAAGGUUUGCUGUUUCUUUUUUCUUUUUGGUUUUUCGUGUAACUGUCAGCACCACUGUCGUUUCAGAUUUAAAAGGACCAAGUUUUUGAUUGUGCACCUGUUAACGAAUGUAAAGCCACUCUGCGUUUCUUCAGAAGUGCCACUCUGUGUCAGGCUACUGAGAGUUUGUUUUGUUUCUAUAGAUUUGUGUUUCUUUGUUUCUUUGUUAUUAUCUUCCACUUUCUUACAUCUUGUAGUAAAUAAAGUGAAAUGCAAUCUGA